AUGUAUCUUCACAGAUCAGAGAUAGAGGCUGGAGUUGAAAAGCUUAUGAAGACCGUAGAGGACAACGAGGCUUCUGAGAAGUGUAGGAAGCUACUGAAGGAAAUCGGCAAGCUUGAAGAAGAAAACAUCAGAGACUUCAUCAGAGAGAAGCGGGAUGUUGUUGAUGUCUUUAUGAGGGGCCUGAGGGCCAGAAGGCAGGUCCAGAUUUUUGUGAUAGAUUUCAUUUACACUUUUCUUGUCAACGAUCUUCUUGGUUUGAACGAUAUUAGUGAGAUUAUCAAUGUUAUAUCUGAGGGCAGCUGGUGCGAGGCAUCGAAGAUGAAGAUACUUCAGAUGAGCUACUACAUCAUAAGAUAUGACAACUUCCAAGGGGACCUUGCAUUGUCCUUGUUUAAAAGCAUAGUGAAGAUGAUUGAUGAUAGAAGCAAGCAGGUCCAGACGACUGCAAAGCCCAUAGCAAUGCAUCUUAUAGACGUUGCUUUUGGCAAAGCAAGUUCAGUUUUCAAGGAGGAGGCCCGAAGUGAGGAGAGUGAGGUCAAUUCUGGUAUGCAGGCGGCAGACACUCUUGAAGGUUGUAGGCCUGGGACUGAGAAGCUACUUUUGAGGACGAAUUUGGAAGUGGGGAGUCCGAUAGACGAUGGGAUUUUAUUUCUCCGGUAUCUCCUACAGAACAUUGGUGCCUCAAAAGAAAUGGGAUACUUUGUGAUUGACACGGUGGUCCUGAUAACCCGAAAGAGCGAGCUUUUUGAGUAUGAGGAGUUUAAGAAGGUCUACAGUGCGGAGGUGAUGGAUGUGCUGAGGGAACUGAUAGGGAGAAGAUGCUCUUCUAAAGGAAAUGUGUAUAAGGUGAUUUCGCGGCUGGCUGAAAGGCACAACUGUUUAUUUGAGAAGGGGAUCCAAAGAGUGUUUGAUGAGAUUGAGAAAUCCUAUGAUUUCUUUGACGACCUGGAGAUGGAGAUAUUUUUGGACUUUUUUGGAUCGCUAGAUAUACUAGUAUUCAAUAGUUACUCUGAGGUUGUAAGGAGAAUCUUCUUCAGGAUUCUUGAGGGCACAUCGCUUGACAAAGAUGCGGGAAGCGGGGAUGCCAUAAGCGCCAUAAGAAUUUCACUGAGAAACCAGUUGGAAGCCGAGGAAAAAGCCAACGGAAAGCACCACCCAUCGACAAAGGCCUUUUUUGAUAAGUUUUGCGAGAUUCUACAUGCAAAGUUGUCUGGAAUUACUAAUCCACAUCCAAAUGUUGAAGACCUGCUAGAGACUGUUCUUAGGUUUUAUGCCAUUUCUGGGAGCAAAGAGUCACUGGAAGUGUUCAUGGCUCUUGGAUGCAGGCUUGGGUUUACGGGGGUUGUGUGCAGAAAUGCAAUUGAGAAUAGAAAGCAUAUCCAAAACUCCUGGGAUGUUGUCCUUGGCGGGUGCAAGGAUCAUCUUGGAAGUAUCAUUGAGUCUAUUGGCACCUUUGAUGCUGAGGAGAUUUUCUUUCUGAUAAAGGCUGUAGAGGGGUUGGAGUCUACCAAUGCAUGGAGUUCGAAAGAUAAGGUAGACUUUCUAUUGUCUGUAUUCAAUAUUACCAAGCCCAUUGUGGUGGAGCCAUUGAAUGUAAAGAUAUUUGAGAUGAUUCUUAGUGGGAUGCUGAGGGAAAGCAGCAGUGACGAAGGCUAUUCUAUUCGAAUAUUCUGCUCUGUUCUUGUGGACUAUUCCGGGCAACUAGAGACUUUGACACCUGAUGUUGAAAGUGUUAUUUUCACGCUCUUGCAGAGGAUGCUUGAGAGGAACCUGGAGAGGAAUGGGCUAGAGAUUCUGGAGACAAUGUCAGAGGUGCUGAGGAUCAUAACGCCUGAGAGUUCCUGGGACAUUGUUUUGCAAUGUGUUGAGUGUUCAUGCAUUCCUUGCCUAUACUCUUCUCUAUAUCCCAUUGUGAGGUGGAUUAUAGAGGGAUCUGGGCAUCUCAUAAGUAACGAGCAUUUUGAGAAACUUAUUGACUGCCUACACUUGAUGUGCUUGUCAACAAAUAGUGAGAUAAGCCUGAAAGCGAUGUCUAUUUUCCAAGACGUGGGAGAGUGCUUGAUGAGUAGGAAAGCAUUUAAUCGAUUUCCUGGUGCCGGAGCUGAGGACAGAGAGAUGAACUCUGCAUGGGCAAAAUAUAUCAAGGUUCUUGGAGGAGCAGCAGGGGACGAAAGAUGCAUGGUACGCGAGGCGGCGAUCAAGUAUCUUGUCAUGUUUCUUGAAGCAGAGUCUGAGUCCCUGAGUCCUCAAGAGCUAGAUUUUGCUGCAAAAAGCGGGCUUGUCCCUUUGUUAGAAAGAGGUAAGCAGCUUCUCAGAGCACAGGAGCAGGAGUCACAAUGUACUUUGAUGCUGAUGCUCGAUGAGUGCAGUAGGGUGAUUGGAAAGAUGGACUACCACUCGGAGCUGUAUAGUAAGUUUCUUGAGGUAGUUACUGAUGGAGUGUGCCAUUCUGGCUCUUCUGAGAUCCAGAGCAUGUGCAUUGAGAGCCUAAGGAUGAUAGCAAGCAAGUCUUCUGAGGUGAAGCAUAGAGAUGGGCCGCGCCAGGAGGGAAGUGACCAGAGUUCUGAGGACAUGGGAUUUAGAAUGGGUGCGGGAGAAAGGAAGUCUUUGAUGCCUUCGUUCAAGCUAAGGGAUCUGGUUUUCAAUGCGUACAAGUCGAUGUUUGGUAUGAUUCCUGGAAGUGAGGAAUGCUCUACUAAUAUGUAUCUUGAGAUGAUAGAUUUAGCUAAGGAGUUUACAUUUAAAAGCUCUGAGAUGCGGAUACUGAUUCCUUUACUCCGUAAGUUUGUUCACAGCGAGAAUCGCGUUCUUCAAGAGAAGGUGCUGGACAUGGCUGAGAUGUGGGGGUCUGAAGCGGAUGUACAAUUGGAGGCCUACAACGAUUGGAUGAACUUCAGGGAUAUUCAGCUGAGCAGGAUGCUUAUUGGGAGGAUAGGAAGGGUAUUAUCAAGGAACCCUGAGGAUUCGAGAUACUCUGAAGCGGUUAUGGAGCUGGUUGAGUAUUGUAAAGAAAAGGCUUUUUGGGAGGAUGUUGCUAGGGCAUUUAUGAAGGGGUCUGAAGGCAUAAGAUCCCGUGCUUCGUUUCUAUCCUUUAUAAGUGGGAGUAAGAUGAUUCUAGAUGAAGCUGCUAAAGUUGGAAUACCCGAGGAUUUACGGGAAAUGGAGGAUGGAAAUGGAUUGGCUGCAGAGCCUGUGGAAAGUACGGCGAAGAUCGUGAAGAAAAGGGAAAGAAUUGUGCUGGAGUUUUUGGUGUUUUAUCACAAUCUUUUGACGAGAUUUGCUCAUGCUUGUAGCUCUUUGCAGACCCACACGAUGCAGCCUUUUGACCAGGCAACUAUAUCUGACGUUAGAGAGGGAUACAAAGUGAUAUUUGAGAUGAGCGAGGUUGGGUCAGGGCUUGGAAAGGAAAGCAUCUGUUUCAAGUGUUAUGAGAUAUUGUUCCAUGAUGUUGAUCUUAUCUACAACGAUGUCAGAGAAAGGAUCAGGAAAGUUCUGAGUGAAUAUAACGAGAUGGAAAUGAUAUAUAACGGCUUGUAUUCAAGGGUAAAGCAGAGGGAGGUGUACACGAUACUGGAGAAGAUGUGGAGAAGUGAGAAUAGGAAGCUUGUGAAUGAUGUUAAGGAUGUUCUUGUUGAAUCUCUCAGGUCGAAGGACUACAAGGUUAUUGACCAUGUCCGGAAGUGCUUGGAACUUAUUCUUGUGCAAAAUAAAUAA